GUCCAUAUUGUGUAUUGACGUUGACGACGUGUUUACGUGUUUUAAUUUCGUACAUUGCUUUAACAAAUUCUUGGUUCUUAAAAAAAAUGUUCAACUUAAAUAUACAAACGCAUAUGGAUUUUGUUGGCCAACACAAAGCGGAGAUGUAUUCUCGCUGCAUCAUCACUUUGUUUGGAGUGGUGGGUCUGAUUUGGGGAGCAAUAAUUCAACAAUUUUCCCAAACUGUUUAUACCCUGGGAGCUGGUUUUGUUUUGGCUUCGUUACUAACAAUUCCUCCCUGGCCUAUGUUCCGAAAGAAUCCUUUGCAAUGGCAAAAGCCAAGACCAGAACCCAGCCAGGCUUCUUCAAGUGGAACUGUAUCAGAUGAAGGCAAGCAAAAGAAGAAGAAAUAAACGCAUGAGGGAAACACAAUCAAGAUUCAAUUAAUGACUGACUCCAAUUGUUAAUAAACUCUUAUUAAGUGCAUCUAA